GAGAACAACGUUGGGCAGGCCUUAGUCAACGUUUCAUCGCGGCUCAUAUUCUAAUCUACUGGCCUUCCAUCGUAACACGCAAUAUUUCUGGGUUACGGCAGUCAGACUUGAAGCGUUGAAUACCUUAAAAAAUUUAAAAAGACGAAACGUAUUGAUAACUAAGGAAGAAAAGGCGAAGUCCACGUGCACGCCUCACGCAAAGGACUGGAAAGAUUAUUACUUUCUUUAAAAAUGGAGAUUCUUGACAUGAUGAUGGAACGAUGACCACAUCCUCUUGCCAUUUCUUAUAAUAAUUUGUUGGGGGACCGCUGAAAAGUAUUAUGACUUUUUAAUACCUUUUCAAGAAUUUGUGUACCCAGAAGGAAAGAACGAAAUUGAAUAACUAUGGCCGUGGAGGAGGAGGCAGAAAUUGAUCGGUUGCCGAUAGAUUUGUUAGCUCACAUCUUUGUUUUGAUUACUUCCUUCACUGAUUUAGCUCAGGCCAGCAGUGUGUGCAAGAAAUGGAAAGUCGGGGUGAAGCAGUCUUUGGCACGAAGAGAAAGUUUGAGCUUUGCUGGGUGGAAGAUGGAUGAUGAUUCCACCGCACGUCUUGUUGGCCAUGCUUACAGCCUCAAAGAACUUGAAAUUUCAAGGAGUCGGUGGGGUUGUCAAAUAACUGACAAUGGACUGUACAGAAUAUCAUUAGCAAAAUGCGUCAGCAACCUGACAUCCAUAUCACUGUGGGGUUGGACAGGGAUCACAGACAGAGGUGUUGUUCAACUGAUUUCAAGAGCUAGUUCCUUGAAACACCUGAAUAUAGGCGGUACAUUCAUCACUGAUGAAUCUCUUUAUGCCAUUGCAAAUAGCUGUCCACAAUUAAAAAAUAUUGUCCUGUGGAGUUGCCGUCAUGUAACAGAGAAUGGGCUUCUGUUUCUUGUAAAUAAAUGUCAGAAGCUUGAGUCUAUCGAUGUGCGGGGAACCAGAGUUCCAGUAGACUGCUUCAUAGCCUUGCUUACAAUUAGUCCAGCCCUUCGGAUAAAGCCUGAGAGACUCCUCUUGAAUGUUGGGCAUGCUUCUAUGUUGCCUAUUGUAUAAGCUGUUAUUCGGUUAGUCUUGUUUUUCUUUUUACUUCUCAUUAUGUUUGGUUAUGUAUGGUGAUGCAUCAAUUGUAUUCUUUUGUGAUUGUGCACAAGCACAAAUGAUAUUUGAAUAAAGAAUAAAAAACAAAUAAAUAUGUACGAUUGUACAAGCA